AUGAAGUAUGACCAUGUGGUGACUACGAUAUUAGAGUCCCACGAUAUGGAUACCAUGACGAUUGCAGAGUUGCAAGGAACUAUGGAAAACUACAUCAGUAGAAUACUGGAGAAGUCAGAAAAAUCAAUCGAGGAAGCCCUGAAAAGUCGAGUGAAUUUAAACAAUGUUGCAGAAUCAAGCCAUGAAAAUGUAUGGUACUUGGAUAAUGCUUGCAGUAAUCAUAUGUCUAGUAGAAAGGAGUUAUUUUCUUCUCUAGAUGAUUCGGUUAAACUAUUAUUAAAGUUUGGUAAUAGUACAAAGAUCCCUAUUGAAGGAAAAGGGCACAUACCAAUUAGAUUGAAGGAUGGUUCUCUGAGUUAUAUUUCUGAUGUUUUCUAUGCUCCUAAACUUGAUUAA